CUAGGGCAAGACAUCGCUUCUAAUGGCGCUACUGGGCGAGUGGCUGCCUCUCACACUGUUUAUGCCCCUGAUCUGGUUACGUAGGCGAGAUGCAUUUCAUCCGAUCCCCGUCCUCCUGGCUCAAUUUACCACGUGACCGCGGUGUUUCGUACGCUGCACAAGAAAGCUGGAUCCUGAAUGACACCAUCAAGAAUAAUAUUCUUUACAACGAAUCAUUUAACUCUGAGCGGUAUGCCAAGGUGAUACACCAGUGCUGCCUUGAACGCGAUCUUGAGCUUUUCGAAGCGGGUGAUGAGACAGAAGUCGGUGAGAAGGGAUUGACUUUAUCAGGUGGCCAGAAAGCACGUGUCACUCUUGCCCGCGCGAUAUACUCUCAAAGUGGCAUCGUGCUGUUGGACGACGUUCUAGCUGCAUUGGACGUGCAUACAGCCAAAUGGAUUGUCGACAAAUGUUUCUCAGGUUCUCUGGUGAAGGAUGGGAACAGAACGGUUGUUCUUGUCACACACAACGUCGCGUUGACAAAAAAGAUCGCCGACCACGUCGUCUCGGUCGGGCUCGAUGGCCGUGUCCACAGUCAGCCCUCGCUGGCAGAGGCCUUGGAGGAGGACGAGACUCUGGCUGAGGAGGUGGGAAAGGACCGAGAGGCCCUGGACUCGGCCGAAAAGCCCGAGGAAACCGCUUCUGAAGUCGUGGAUGGAAAGAAGGUCCAGGGCAAGCUUAUCAUGAGCGAGGAGAUCGCUGUGGGCCGGGUCAGCUGGCAUGCCCUCAAGAUCUUCUUGGCAGCACACUCGAAGCAUCCAGCUCUGUUCUUCACGAUCUUGGUUGCGGUGACGAUCUUGAACUCGAUUGCUGCUCGUGUAGAAACGUGGUACUUGGGCUAUUGGGCAAGUCAAUAUGGACAUGGAUUUGUUGUCCCGGUCUUCAAAUACGUCGGAAUCUUCUCUGCUAUCGUUUUUGCUUCGUCCUUGAUUUAUGACGUCGCCUACACGUACUUCGCCCUCGGAUCUUUCAACGCGUCGAAGCAGAUACAUACGCAGCUCAUGGACUCCAUUUUCACGGCCACCUUCAGGACUCUCGAUGUGACGCCCACGUCAAGGAUCUUGGCCCGCUGCACAGGGGAUAUGCAAACGAUCGACGAUUCUCUGUCAGAAGGGCUGUGGGAUCUGAUGGGUGUGUCUGGUCUGGCGGGCCAAGUGCAGGUUCUGACCGAGUCUCAGACAACACGCUGAAUCUCAUCGCCCGUUUGAUUGUUGUGCUCCUCUUCACGCCGGUGUUUCUACUUCCGGGUGUUCUCGUGGCUGUUUUGGGGACAUGGCUAGGGCGGGUGUAUCUUGCUUCGCAGCUCAGCGUGAAGAGAGAGUUGAGCAACACCCAAGCGCCAGUCCUUGCUCACUUGGGUGCAACCAUAUCCGGCUUGCCCUCCGUUCGAGCUUAUGCUGCUGAACAACCAUCUAUCCAAACUUCGCUGAAACUCAUCAACAAGUCGACCCGCGCCUACCGGGUGUUCACCAAUCUGAACCGCUGGAUCGUUAUCCGAGUCGGCGAGUCGUAACUUUUCGGGAUUCGACCAAGGCUAACACGUCUUCCAGAUGCGAUGGGAGCUGCCUUUGCCGCGCUACUCGCGUACUAUCUGAUCUAUUUCGGAAACCAUGGCGCCUCGAACAUCGGUUUCGUACUGAAUAUGGUAGGGUGUACUUGACACUAUUCCUGGAAGCCCGGCCCGGGGUCGCCGCUGAAGAGCACGCAGGCGAUUGGAUUCUCGGCGGGUAUCCUCCAUUGGGUUCGGUUGUCCAACGAUUUCGAAGUGCAGAGUAACAGCCUCGAACGCAUCAAGCAAUACCUUGAUCUCGACCACGAGCCUGCGCCCAAGCCCUCUGGUGUUCCGCCGGCCUACUGGCCUGCGAGUGGCAAUCUCAGCGUCGAGGGGCUUUCAGCUCGGUAUUCGGCCGAGGGUCCGAGAGUUCUCGAAGACGUCACAUUUGACAUCAAGUCCGGGGAGAGGGUCGGUGUGGUGGGCCGCACUGGAUCAGGAAAAAGCUCUCUGACGCUAUCGCUGCUGCGAUGCAUCCUCACCGAGGGUGGAGUGUAUUAUGAUGGCCUGUCCACUGCGUCCCUGAAUCUGGACGCUCUCCGCAAGAGCGUCACCAUCAUCCCCCAAGUGCCGGAGCUUUUGACGGGCUCGCUGCGGUCCAACUUGGACCUCCUGGGCGAGGCAGAUGAUGUCGUUCUGAAUGAUGCUCUGCGCUCUGCGGGACUCUUCUCGCUCCAAGAGGGGAUGGACGAAGGCAAGCUCACACUCGACAGCGAGAUUGCCUCUGGCGGAGCCAAUCUUUCGGUCGGCCAGCGCCAGAUCAUCGCACUUGCCCGUGCGAUUGUGCGCAAGAGCAAGUUGCUCAUUUUGGACGAGGCGACGUCUGCCAUCGACUACAAGACCGAUAACGUCAUCCAGACCUCGCUGAGGACCGAGCUCCCCAAAGACACGACUAUUCUCACCGUGGCACACCGCUUGCAGACUAUCAUGGACGCGGACAAGAUUAUGGUGCUUGACGCCGGCCGGAUUGUCGAAUUUGACUCCCCCAGGGUUUUGUUGGCCAGGGAGGAUGGCAUGCUCCGUGCUCUGGUAGACGAGUCCGGUGAUAGAGAAGCACUUUCUGACAUGGCGCGUGCUGUGUAGACUUACAGACGGUGACUCGCAAGACGGUCCCGUCGUUGACUAACUCUGACUGAUAUUUCGUGGCUGUGUAAUCACCUUAGUCAUCGAGAUCUGUGGUACUUAGGCUGAUCUCCA